UCUGAAAAAUACAGAAAACAAGAAAAGUUUAGAAUGAAAAAUGUUAGAAUAAUUUCACAUCGUCCCUCUCUUCCCUCAGGAUUUCAUGAUGGGAGAAGAGAGUUUUCAUUUGAUUACCAAUUUUGAUCGAUAAAAAUGGGUUCCAGUGGUAGCCGUCUAGGGGGCUCUCGCCCACCCCCUUCUCGGCUCCCUCAGCAUCAUCAUCGUCGUCGUCAUCGUCCCAGCUUCAAACGCGUCCUCUCUUCGCUCUUCAUUUGUGGUGCCUUGCCUUCCUCUCGCCAUCCUCAUGAGGUGUCUCCACAGAUGGAAGAUGAUCCAGCUGAAAAACUGGUAAAUUCUGCUGAAGACGAUGGUCUGGAGAAGAUCCAAAUUCCACCUAAGAGUUCUUCUUUUCACAGUGGUACUGAACAUCCAAUUCCUACAACUGAAACUGGAGCUGGAUCUCAAAGAGGCACAUUGCCUGGCGAUAGCUCUUCUAGAGAAGAUUCUCCUGGAAAUGUUGAGGCAAUUGAUAAAGGGAAAAGGUUGUAUGAGAAUAAGGAAUUAGCGUUUAAUUCUCAAUCACUUCUUACUUGUAGAAGCUAUGAUGCUAGUACAUCCUAUGAAGAUGAACCUUCUACAGAAACAGAAUCUGCAAAUGCCAGGGCGAAUGCAGAUGCUCUUAACCGGGGUAACAAUGUGAUGAAUGAGAAUGUGCCUCAUAGUUGUGCUGGCUUUAUGCUUUCUAAUUGUCCAUCUUCUGUUGGACUUGGAGAAUCUUCAUCAGAUGAAGUAUCAGUUGAAAAUUGUGCAAAUGAACUGAUGCUUUUCCACGACUGUGAUUCUGGUUCAGCAUCUGUUCUUUCUGAAUCUCCAGUGGGUGAUACUUCUCAGCAGAUUACUCCUUCGAGUCUAGGAUUCCUGUUGACAGAGAGAGAUCUGGGUCAUACAGACAGGAAUGUACUUCAAGUUGACAUGGUGAGUGUCUCCUCCAAUAUGUCACCUAGUAGUUCUGCUGGAUUGAGCAAUCAUGAAGCAAGACAUAAUAGCAGAAGACUUUUCUGGGAUGCUUUCUCAAGACGCAGUUCUAGAAGGAAUGCAGAGUCCAGAUCGCAUCUUUUUACAACAGAUGACUCCGAUGGACUUGAAUCUCAUGACAGAUGGCUUCUUGAUUUUAAUGGCGAUUUCUUUGAGGAUGGGAUUGGAGGUGAUUCACGACCACAUCCAAGUAGCAACCAGAAUACCAAUGAACGUCGGUGGGAUUCCAGUUCUGAGAUAUGGGAACGAUUUCGUGAUGUUGGUCGAAGUGGGACUGAUCGACGGGCAGCCACCUGUCCAGCAGGAAUUCACCCUGAUGGUGCAUGCUCAUGUGGUUUGAUGUUAAGGGCUGAGGAGUCUGGUGCUCGUGCAAGCAUUUCACGAAUAGUCAUGCUUGCUGAAGCAUUGUUUGAGGUACUAGAUGAAAUACAUAGACAACCCAUGUCACUACCCUUGUCUGUGGUCUCAGUUCCAGCUCCAGAGACAGUUGUUGACUCUCUACCUGUGAAGAUUCAUAGGAAGCCAGAAAGACUGGAAAGUGGAGAUGAUGUUAUACAGUGUUAUAUUUGCUUGGCAGAGUACGAAGAGGGGGACAAAAUAAGAAUUCUCCCUUGCCACCAUGAGUAUCAUGUGGCCUGUAUUGAUAAAUGGCUUAAAGAAAUACAUGGCAUUGUUUCUACUCUAACACUCCAGCGUAUGCCCCCUCUGUCGACGAGAUGUUCGUGAGGGUUUAAGCUUGACAGGAGGUGCUAUUUCAACCUCUGGAGUUCCUUCUUUUUGAGAGGUUUUCUAUGUACACAUGUACAUAAGCCAAUUUUGUUCUUGAGCUGUUGUUGCAUGUAGCCUUUCGAGAAAUAUGUACCUCACUUAAAAUUUAUUGGACCAUUGCUUUGAUUCAAGGCAAAUUUCUUAUA